CCAAUGCGGCUGACAGACUUAAACCGUGAAUGCCUGCUUCACAUUUUCUCAUUUCUGGAUAAGGAGAACAGGAAAAGAAUGUCCAGUGCUUGCCAAGAGCUGCGGCAAGUCUUCUAUGACCCUGCCCUGUGGUCCCUGCUGUCUUUCUCUUCACCAUCAGAGCUAACGAAGGACAACUUCCUGCUGAGCCCUGCAUUGCGCUCCCUGUCUAUCUGCUGGCACUCCAGUCGGGUGAAGGUCUGUAACAUUGAGGACUGGGCGAAAAGCAGCUUCCAGAGGGAUAUCUGCAGCCGCCACUGCACUCUGGUCAAUAGCUUCUUGGCUGAAGUAAGCAACAGAUGUCCAAACUUGCUAUCACUAACCCUUUCAGGAUGUGGACACCUUACCGAUGGCUGCAUCACCCAAAUCCUGGAGAAGUGUCCCAAACUAAAUACUUUGAAACUGGAGAACUGUGCGCGCCUGACUGAUAAAACCCUGGAGGCAGUGGCCACCUACGGGAGCAACGUAAAGACUCUGCACGUGGACUUCUGCAGGAACAUCACACAGGAGGGGCUUGACCUGAUCGGUGAGGCUCGCCCUUCGCUAGCUCUCCGUGCAGAGCACAGUGCCACGAUGAUUCCCGAUCUGCCUGAUACACGUGACAGCCUUGGGAAAGGGAUGAAGCAGCAACUGCUCUGGUAACAAUGGCUGAACACCACAGACUGCCCAUGUUGUGACUGCAGCCAGACCUUUACAAGAACAGACAGAAGACCACAGGCACAGCCUCACUGUGAGGAAUGGGGGUGAAUUUGGUCCAUCUCAUGCUUCCUCCGGUCUCAGUGGGGCUGUGUGCAGCCCAGGAGGUCUUUGUUCUUGAUACCUUGCAUCUAAGACAGUCAUAUCUGGUGCAUAGUUGAUGUGUGAUUCAAAGGCCCUGACGACAAUUGCAUCCAUACCUUCACUUCAGUGAGAUGUUCCCACACUGAGCCCCCGGAGGCGCUAGGGCCAGAGAUAAUUUGAGAAACAGAAGUUCAAUUUAUAAUCUCUGAUGGGAGAUUGCUGGAAAGCCAGCCAAUCUGAGAUUUCAGCCCCCAGUAUCUUAUUUUUGGAUGUUCCUAACUUUGAAUUGGAAUUGGUUUGUUACUGUCACAUGGACUGAGAUACAGUAAAAAGCUUGUCUUGUAUACUGUUCAUACAGAUCAGAUCAUUACACAGCACGUGCAUUGAGGUUAAACAAGAUCAUGACAAGGUAGAUUAAGAAGUCAUGAAUCCAACUUACCGUACGUCUAUCGUGCAAAGACUGACUGGGAGAACAGCUUGCUCAUCCAACCCAAGACCGUGUUUCAGAAAAGAAUUGCUAACAGUUGCUUAGUUCCGUGAUUUCACUCUUGUCUCUGAUUUAGAUGGAGCUGCUAACAC